AUGUGGCGGGACCGCACGAACCUAUAUAUCUCCUACCGUCAAUCGUUCGCGCACCACCCAGCCAAGAAGCCACGUUAUAUCGGGCCGUCCAAUGGCUUCACCGACACACCCUCACAAUCCGAAGAGAGUCGCAGACUCAUAUCUGACUCCGGCGGCUUAGAAGAUGAUGGCGAUGCGAUCAUUGAGAUGGAUCUCCUGCCCCCGCGGUGGGUCGACGUCCAAGACGAAGUGACCGAGUUGCUCGCAGACAUUGCGCAAAAGUCGGCACAGCUGGACAAGCUACACCAGAAGCAUCUGCUACCUGGAUUCGGCGACGAGGAUGUAAGGAAGCAGGACGAGCGAAUGAUCGAACGACUCACGCAGGAUAUAACUCGCGGAUUCCAUGAGUGUCAGAAGGCGGUUCAGAGAAUCGAAGUGAUGGUGCGCGAGGCCAAGCAACAGGGCGGAGUGAGUGCCGGGGACGAGACUAUGGCGAAGAAUAUCCAGAUAUCCUUGGCUUCUAGGGUACAAGAGGCUAGUGCUCGGUUCAGGAAGAAGCAGAGCACCUAUUUGAAGAAAUUACGAGGACUGGAGGGUGCUGCGGCGCCUUUUGACCGCGCCCCGACGCCACAGAAUCCCUACAUGGAUCCUUCAUUAAUGGAGUCCGACGCGGACAAGUCAUUUUCUCAAUCGACUCUCAUGCAAACGUCACAGCGACUGACCGGUCAACAUGACGAAGCCAUUGAGCAACGUGAGCGGGAGAUCAACGACAUCGCGAAGAGCAUCAUUGAGUUGUCGGACAUAUUUCGCGAACUACAAGCGAUGGUCAUCGAUCAGGGAACCAUGCUGGACCGGAUAGACUAUAAUAUCGAACGGAUGGGUACUGAGGUCAAGGCAGCCGAGAAGGAGCUGAAAGUGCGCCUUCAGGAAGCGGUGAUCGGAUUAAGUCUAGUUUUGUAA